AGAGUUGUGUUUAGUAGGCAGCUGCGGUUGCUUGUAGUUAGCCUGACGCGGAGGCUAAAUUAGCAGGCUAACUGGCCUACACUCCAGGACAACAAGCGACCCACUUAAACCACUGAAGAUUCCACCACCCGGCGAGGUCAUGUCGGAUUUCUCGCUUACAGACGCUUUGGGAGACAGCACCCCGAGCCAGGCCAAACCGCAAGGGAACACCAACCCGUCAGCACCAGCAAACAACCCUCCGCCUCCUUCCAACCCCGGAUGGCCAUCGUCAGCCCCGGGAGCUCCCACCCAGCCCUCAGCCCCUUCCGGCUUCUCCGGCGGCACCGGCCCCGGCGCGCCGGGCCAGUUCCCUUUCCCCUCUGGCCCCGGAGCGCCGGGCCACUACCCGGGGCCCCCUUCGGCGCCGGGUGGGUUCCCAUCUGCUCCCGGGAUGCCUGGACAGUAUCCUCCAGCGCCAGGGGCUCCAGGGCAGUACCCCGUCAGCCCCGGUGCGCCUGGGCAGUUCCCAGGGCACUACCCACCUGAAGGAGCACCUGGUCAGCUACCCGGUGGGCCUGUUCCUUACCCAGCUGGACCUUUCCCCUCUGGUCCCGGAGCUCCUCCUGGGCCUUAUCCCAACAUGCCUCUCCCGGGUAACUACCCAACAGGGGGUAACGGCAUGUAUGGUCCGGGGGGUUCGGGCGGAUUCCCCCCUCCUGCCGGCCCAGGUGCCUUCCCGGCAUUCCCCUCUGGUGGAGGCUUCCCCCCUAUUCCCGCUGGCUCUUGGGGAGAUGGCGGCGGAGGUUUCCCACCGGCACCCGGCCCCUUCGGUCCCGGUCCUGGCCCGAUGGGUCCUUACGACAACCCCGCUGCUCCAGGAGGCAUGCUGAUGGUGCCAUACGAUCUCCCGCUUCAUGCCGGACUGAUGCCGCGUCUUGUCAUCACCAUCGUUGGGGAACCGAUUCCUGGAGCAAGCAGGUUCCACAUGGACUUCAUGAAGGGUUCAGACGUGGUCUUUCACUUCAACCCUCGCUUCCACGAGCAGACCAUCGUCAGAAACUCCAGCAUCGGAGGAUGUUGGGGGCCAGAGGAAAGGGGCGGAGUUUUCCCCUUUGUUCAGGGCCAACGCUUUGAGCUGAAGAUCCUGGUGGAGGAGGACGUGUUCAAGGUGGCCGUGGACGGCAACCACCUGCUGGAGUACGAGCACCGCGUGGGCGGCCUGGAGGACGUCACCCUGCUGCGGGUGACGGGCGACGUGGCGCUGUACAGCGUGGCGCCCAACAUGAUCUGAACGCCGCCCCGCGGAAGGACAAACCGUAUUUGAAACAAAAUCCCUGAGAUACAACGCACGCACCUUUUGGAAUUUGACACACACACAUAUGUGCGCGUACCCUGUUAACAGAAGGUAAUCUUUGCCCACCUGGCAUUCUUUUAAAAAUAUAAUUUAUCGAAGUUUUCCGUAGAUGCGCAUAAAAUGCUGAAAAAUAAUGCUUUGCUAUAUACUGAUGUUAGAACUGCACUUGUAACAUAAUAGAAUCUAAGGGGAAAAAAACAUGAAUGGACCUUUUCACCAGGACGUCACACGUACUUGCGGGUGGCAAAAGUGCUGAUUGCACCACUAGUAAACAAACCCAUGUCAUUUGACCAAGGUAGAGCCAUUGAGAAACCAGUGAAAUGGCUUGAAUGACCGAUUCCAGCCUUCUUCUUUACCACCGUAGUUUGAAUGUCUGAAGGGUGAGCCGAAACGAUGUUAAGUGAGAGAAAUUGCUUGCAAGGGAGACGGAACGCCAGCAGUAAUUUACGUUCCAACAGGUAAGUUGAUUCAAAAUUAGACAGGGUGGAAAUUUACUUUGUUCACAUGAUCAUUGAAAGACUGGCUAAUUAAUUGACUUCUUUGUUGCUCCGCUGAAUGACAUACACUGAAAGCACUGUAGAGUUGACAUUAGCUAGCUUUGCUAAAUUACUCAAAGACAACUACUGUCUUGCUAUCUAUUUCCACUGGAUACUCAUUUUGUUUUUUGUUUUUUUAAUAUAUAUAUAUAUAUAUAUAUAUAUAUAUAUAUAUAUAAAGUGAAAAGGUCCAUUUAAUGUUAUCAUGUGUCCCGAAACAUUUCACGUUUCUAUUGAGAUGAAAUGCCAAGAUUUUUCAAAGAUAAUAAAUGCUGACUUUUGGUUGACACCGUUAGAUGAAUGCCUUUCUGACAGUGUCAGUGUCCUUUUGUAAUGUAUAAAGCGGGAUGCUUGAAGUUGAAACUUACUAUUUAACUGACUAUUUAAAGCCAUUAAUACAUUCUUUACCUUGACUCCUUCCGGGUUGCAAAAUUGCACGUGCUGUGUUCUCCGGUGUCCCGACACGGUCUAAGGAGCGUGUAUGGAUUGAAGUGUUUCAUUGCCAAAGAUAACAGUGGCACAAGUAUUCCCCUACCCCUCAAUAUAAUGGCAAAUAUUAAAAGACUGAUUUGUUUCCCCCCCCCCCCAAAAUGUACUUCUGUGUAUUGGACGUGACUGAAAUAAAGAUGUGUCAGUGAUG